GAAAGUUUUCCUUCUGCACCUGGGCAGAGCAGCAGGAGAGCAGUGAGGUGGAAAACUCAAACCCAAAGGGCUUUGUUGGCAGGGAAAAUGCCUCCCCAAUCAGGUGCUACUGUGGGAAAGCCAGAACCUGAUUCGGGAGUCGGACAGUUUUUCACCUGGGGGGAGAUAGCACUCCGCUCUGGCAAGGGUAAAUCCAAGGAAGACAAAUGGCUAGUCAUCAAUAGGAAAGUCUAUGAUGUUAGUCAGUUCUUUCGGCGGCACCCUGGAGGAAUGAGUGUCAUCAGUCACUAUGCGGGACAAGAUGCCACGGAUGCUUUCACAGCUUUCCACAAGAAUGAGAAUCUAGUGAAGAAAUAUAUGAAUUCACUUCUAAUUGGAGAACUGGCACCUGAUCAAUCUGGCUGUGAGCCCACCAAAAAUGAAAUGCUCAUCCAUGAGUUUCGUGAGCUACAUGACACAGUGAAGAAGACAGGACUCCUGAAGACCAAUUAUCCUUUCUUCAUCUUCAUGUUUCUCCAUGCUUUCUUGUUGGACAUUGCCGCCUGGUUUAUCAUCUGGUACUUUGGGAACUCUUGGGUACCUUUCCUUGCCGGUAUUGCAGCAUUCACCAUAGCACAGAACCAGUAUGGGUAUCUUCAGCAUGACCUUGGCCAUGUUUCAGUCUUUCAGAAGCCCAAGUGGAAUAGACUGGCUCACCUUGUCGUGGCGGGCGUACUUAAGGGUGGGCCACCCAGCUGGUGGAAGCAUAUGCAUAACCAGCAUCAUGCCAAACCCAACUGCUUCCGCAAAGACCCGGACCUCAACAUGCACCCGCUCCUGUUCAGCCUGGGGAAGACACUCUCUGUGGAGCUUGGGAAAAAAAAGAAGAAAUAUAUGCCUUACCAGCACCAGCACAAAUACUUCAUUAUCUUAGCCCCAAUGACGUUCGUUGUUUUUGUCCAAGUGAUUAUAUUCCGCUUUGCGAUUCAGAGGAAAAAAUGGUUGGAGCUCCUUCUUGUUGUGCUGUACAAUAUUCGUGUCUGCCUCAUGUACAUUCCUCUGAUGGGAUUCAAGAGUUUCAUGGCAUUCUACUGGCUGGCCAGGUUUUUAGAAAGCACCUGGUUUCUCUGGAUCUCACAAAUGAACCACAUCCCAAUGAAUAUUGACUAUGACCAGAAUUUAGAUUGGGUCUCUGCCCAGCUCGCAGCAACGUGUAAUGUGGAUCAAUCCUGGUUCAAUGACUGGUUGAGUGGGCACCUGAACUUCCAGAUUGAGCAUCACCUUUUCCCAACCAUGCCUCGACACAACUAUUGGAAAGUGGCUCCUCUGGUGAAGUCUCUCUGUGCCAAGCAUGGAAUUAAGUACCAGUGCAAACCUUUACUCACGGCCUUUGCGGACAUAUUGCGGACUCUGAAGGAAUCAGGGGAGUGCUGGCAGGAUGCUUAUUUCCACUAAUAAGAAGCAGCUUCCAGAAAGAAUCAGCAUGCUGAGUGGUGUUGUCAUAAUGCUGAAAAUGGAUGGAAUCCAUUAGUAUUUUUUAAAUAUGUAUUCAGAUUCAUGUGGAUGUUUCCUUUUUAUUGCAACUCCCAGCAGCCCCACUCAGCAUAGCCAGUGGAAAGGAAUGGUGGGAGUUGCAGUCCAACAACAUCUGGAGCCUCACAGUUAUUAACCCCGGUCUAAAGCCUAGCAGAAAGGGGACAAUGCUUCAUAUCCCACUAGACUCAGCACAACUGGCUUGGAAAAUCAUAAAGGGGUAGGGAGACUUCUAUAUAGGUCAACUCCAAGAAACAAUUUGAGGAACUUAUGGCAAUUUUGAUCUGCUACUUUUGUGUAGGAUGUAAUGCUGGAUUCCCUCUGAAGGAAUGUGGAAUCCAGUAAAAAUAUGGUAAAGUGUUAAUAUGUACCCCCAAAACCUGCCCCAAUUUUUGGUCAGCUCCAAAGGCUGUAGAGGCAAGGGAAGAGAAGGAUAUUGUAUAGUGCUUGUGCUGUAAAGCCAACAUCAUAAUGGAAUUCAGUCCUUUUAAAUUUUGGUACUGUUCCAUUUUCUGGUUAGAAACCACAAGGGGGUGCUAGAGAGAGGAUAGUUCAUUUUAUGGUGGGAAGUUGAAGAAGGAAAAUAAUUUCCCAUUUGUGCUGGUUAUUCCCCCUCCCCACUUUCCAUUUCAUAAACUAGGGUUGUUUCCACGACUGCGACAUGGAUGGGGGGAAUAACAGGAAAACAGGGGGAAAUGUUUUUUCUCCUUCAACCCACCCUCCACUCCAAUAAAAUAGACUAUCCUUAUCUUUCUAGUGCCUCCUAGUGGCCUCUGCCUGGAUAAUGGAACAGUACCUUAGAUUUUAACUGCGAAUAUUAUUAUAAUCAUCAUCGGCAGUACUUUUUGAUGUGGAUUUCUCGACAAUAAUUGCAUAUGUACAUGCUUUAUUUUUAUUAUCUUAUUGAACAUUUAAUAUGAAUGUUGUAAAUCACCUUGGAUGAGUCAUAAGUUGGAAUAAACAAAUCAGUGUAUGUAUUUACACCCUUUUCAAUGUUUUACAAGGAACUGCAAUUCAAAACAAAGAUAUCUGCUAUUAAAAAAGUCACUGGA